AUACACAGCUUUACAUUGGGCUGCUGAGGAGGGAUAUCUACAGAUCACAAGAUGUCUGGUAGAACAAGGAGGUGCCAGUUCCCUGGUUACAACACAUGAGGGUGAGACUCCAUAUGAUCUAGCAGCAAAAAGCAAAGAGAACCAAUAUAAAGAAGUGAUGGAAUACUUAAAGACUGUCAUGUCAAAGAAAUCUCCAGGUGUGACUGCUGGUCAAGGGAUAGAAGAUGAAGUCCCAACUGAAAUAAAAUUAAUGACUGACAAAAGAUCUGUCGAACUGUACCUUAAAUUACUUGAGUCAGGCUCUGAGAAAAAGAGAGACAUACGUUUAGUAGUAGUUGGAAAAAAAGGUGCAGGAAAGACAUCAUUGAUUAGAAGAUUGUUUGGUGAAGACAUUACAGAUGUAACCAGUACAAAUGGAAUAGAAAUUCAUAAAAUAAAAUGCAAAGCAAUGUCUGAUGAUGGAAUAUGGAAUAAAUUAGAUGGAAACUAUGAAGAAACUGAAAUUCAUGCAAGACUAUUGAAAGAAUAUGAGGAAAAACUUCAGGAAAAAGGAACAAUAGAAGAACCAGUAGAAUCCCACAUUGCCAUUAAGGACAAUACACCAGCAACAAGUUUUGAUGAAUCAAAGAAAUCAGGGACAGUAUAUCGGCAGCCUAAAAUAAUGACACCUCUAGUAACCAAUGAAUCUCAAGUUGGACCUCCAGUUACCUCGCAGCAACAACACCAUUCAUUAGAACAGGCAAAAAAGGAUAUUGAAACCAUGCUUAAAUCUAAUGUAGAUUUACAUGACAAAGAAGAGUACGCCACAUUAUUUUUGUGGGAUUUUUCAGGAGAUGAAGAAUUUUACCACACACAUCAAACCUUUUUAUCCCCAGAUGCAAUUUAUCUUGUUGUUACAAAACUCAAUGAGGCUGGCGACAAACAAGCACAAGAUUUAUUCCAAUUAUGGAUGGAUUCAAUACAUUGUUACAGUAGACUGGAAGAGGACAGAAAUAAAUCUGAUGUCAACAAGAGAACAUCAGAUGAUCGUGAUCCACCGAUAGUUAUUGUUGGCACUUGGAAAGAUGCCUUGAUCUCUAAUGUAGAAGAGAUUGAUCAUGCAUGCAGAAAAAGUAUUUUAAAGUAUACAGAGAAUAUGUCAGAAGAUGAACUAGGACAUAUAAGGCAAGAAUACUUCAUUUCCAACACAGAAGAUGAUCCCAGUGUAUUCCAGCAAAUACGAGAAAACAUCCUACACUUAGCCAGAAAAAUGAAAACAUGGAACAAAGAUUAUCCGUUAAAAUUCAUUCAGCUGGAAACACGACUUCAAGAAAAGAAGAAGGAGUUACCUAUUAUUUCCUUUCAGGAAAUUCAGCACAUCUCUACUGAUACACCUAAUCCACUAAAUGACGAGGAACUCAGAUUGUUCCUGGAAUUUCACCAUGAGAUCAGAGCUUUAGUUUAUUUCAAAGAUCUUCCUUCUUACAUUAUUUUAGAUACAAAGUGGUUGUCUGACGCUUUUAGAUAUAUAGUUACUGCAAAGAAAUUUAGAACCAUAAGUAUCAAAAAUAGAAAAAAAUGGGAUGAGUUGUACAGUAGAGGCAAAUUACAUAGUGAGGUUUUAGAAGAUAUAUUCAAAAAAAGGGAUAAUAUGUUUUCCAAACACAAGGACCAUAUUCUGAACGUAAUGGAGAGAUUUGAUAUCAUCAUACGUCCAAACAUGUCAGAGUCUGCUGAAGAAAAGCCUUGCUACUAUGUACCUUGCCUGAUUAAAAUAGAAUCGCACUGUGACAUUUAUGAAACAUUUAAUGUGACAGACAAUACCUGUAAAAAAUCAACUUGGUUAUGUUUCAAAUUUAGAUUCAAGCCACCACAUCUAAUGAACCAUUUGAUCGCUUCACUGAGCCGGAAGUAUGAAAUUACAGAAGUGGUUGUUCCAAAUCAAAAGAAAAAGUCAGUUGCUCUUUUCGGAGGUAUUGCAGUCUUUGAAUUACAGAAGAAAACACAUUUAAGAAAAUUGCUUGUAAUGACAUUUCCAAAUUUUAUUCAGGUUCAGGUUUUGGAAUUCGGGAAAGAUUCAUUCAUCAAGAGAGGUUUGUACAAAGACAUUGGUGACUUCGUGACAGAUGAGUUAGAUAAGAUAAUACAUACACGAUACAAGAUGUCCAAUGUAGAAUUCCAGAAAAAAUUUGAAUGUGGCCAUACAAAACCUGAAUUAGUUACAGGAUCCAAUGAAUUCAGUGAGGAGCAGAUUACAGAAUAUCUCUGCGGGACAUGUAAAACACCCCACACAUUCGAUGGCGAAUGGUCAGAGAUAGAAAGUAAAGCGCUGUCAGAUAAGUAUGAGAAGAAACCGGGAGAGAGAGGACUUGCCCUGAUUGUUAACUUCAUGUUCCAUGGUGGGACAACUGAGAGAAAAGGUUCUGAUGUGGAUUGCAAGAAUCUCACACAUUUCUUUAAAGAAGAACUAAAGUAUCAGGUGGAAAGUACAACAAGAGAUAUGACAAAGUUGGAGUUAAUGAAGUAUUUCCAAGAAAUCGCCAGAACAUACUUAACAGAGAAGUCAAAGGAUUAUCAUUCCUUUAUCUGUGUAAUUAUGAGUCAUGGAAAUAAGGAUGGAAUUCAUACAACAAAUGGAUUAAUCACAGUGGAAGAAAUAAAAAAGCCAUUCAAAAACAAAAGUGGGGGCAAAUUUAAUGGUAAACCAAAACUAUUUCUCAUUCAAGCCUGUCGUGGAAACGAAAAGCAGGAAAAGGUUGAAGUUCUAAAUCAGCUAUCUGCCUCAUCAGAAGUCUCCUAUACUGAUGCUUCUUCAGAAAACGUUCCAACAGAUGCUGACAUUAUAGUAGCAUAUGCAUCAACACCAGGAUAUAUAUCAAUUCGAAAUAUAUAUGGAGCAUUUUUCAUAAGAGCUUUCUUGUCUGUUGCCAAGAGUAAAUACAAUGAGGAACAUAUCGAGGAGAUAUUAAGAUAUGUGAGAAGAGAAUUAGCUACGAAUCCAGAAUAUGCACCACAAUCUGGAAGCUUGGCACGAGUAGAGACUACAUCUACGAAGAAAUUUUUCUUGUAAUAACAGUUCAAUAAAACUUAUUUAGGAAGAAAAUUGUUAUCAAACCACUUAUGAGCGGUAUGAUUAAUUAAGUAUAUAUUUUCCAAAGUUGAAGGAUGUAUGCAACUGAUUUAAAGUUCUAAUUUUUGUAUGAAUAAAUAAAACCAGUUUGUUCGAUUAUAAUCUAUGUUCAUCAGCUAGUCAUUUAGAUACCUGGUUAAGUUGGCAUUAUAACAGGGGGAAACAUAUAAUUAUAAAGACUGAAAUCAAACUUUUAAGAGUUGUUUGUAUAAUCAGUUAUAAUCAGAUAAAGAUAAUACGGACUAGUACUACUAAUAAUGUAUAUAUGUAUUUGUUGGUAAAUAAAGCACCAAAAUGGUUUAUUAUGCAAGACAUGCAAUUGGUCAUUAUUUUGCAAAUUAGAACUAUUGGACUCAAUUGACCAUCUUGGUUGCCUCUGUAAUGUGAAAUUUUACGGAAUUAAUUUGGUAGCAUUUUUAUUAAUUUUAAUAUUCAAACGAACAGAUUCUGUAUAUUUAUCAAUUUAUCAUCUAUUCACAAAUCAUAUUAAAUGUAUCUAGUAGUAGAUGUGGUGUUUAAAGAAACUUCCAAAAGGUGAUUUCUCAUGGUUCUAAGUUUAGGGAACCCCAACACAUUAAUUGUAACCAUAACUUCAAAAUAAUUAUGGAUUCCAUUGAGGACUAUGCCAGAGCACGGGCUAAACGUGAAGAAGAAAAUGAUAGAGCGAGUGGGGGAUCCGUGUACUAUGGACGCAUUCUUCUUUUAAAAUAAUGUAUUUUUAUCAAUAAAGAAUUAAGCGUUAUUGUUGAUACAUUUUUAGCUCACCUGGCCCGAAGUGCCAAAUGAGCUUUUCUCAUCACUUGGCGUCCGUCGUCGUCGUUAACAUUUUACAUUUUGAACUUCUUCUUGAGAACCACUGAAUGGAAUGAAACCAAACUUGAAUGUUCCUUAUGAAGUGCUGACCAAGUGUUGUUACUUUGUAGCCGAUCCAUCAUUCAAAAUGGCCGCCAGCGGGGGACUUAGUUUAACAUAGGACCCUAUGGGAAAUGCAUACAAAUGACUUCUUUUAGAGUACCACUGAAUAUAAUGAAACCAAACAUGGCAUGAAUGCUUCUUAUGUGGUUCUGACCAAGUGUUGUUACUUUGAAGCUGAUCCAUCAUUCAAGAUGGCCGCCAGCGGGGGACUUAGUUUAACAUAGGACCCUAUUGGAAAUGCAUACACAUGACUUCUUUUAGAGAACCACUGAAUGGAAUGAAACCAAACAUAGUAUAAAUGUUCCUUUCUUAAUGAGGUGCUGGCCAAGUGUUGUUACUUUGUAGCCAAAUUUAAGUAUCUUUUUUUUAUAUGAUUUCAAAAACCCAGGUAGAAUCAGGUGAGCGAUACAGGCUCUUGAGAGCCUCUAGUUUUGUAUCUAAUUCUGCAUUAACAAAUGAAUGAAACGUUCAGAUCAUUGAUAUAUUUUAGCACUAUCAUUGUUAAGGUAGUUUACAGAUUUGAGCACUAUGAUCUUUGUUCAGAUAGUUUGCAGAUUGUAUUCAUUUCAUUGUACAAAGAAAAUCGACAAUUUCGUAUGAUCAUUAUAUAGAGCAUUGACCUAUUUAAGCAGUUUCAUUGUGCAUAUGUAUAUCAUUUUUUAUCACUAUUAUUGUAAAUAUGAUUGACAUAUUUUAGCACUAUCAUUGUACCAAUAAAAACAAAAUUCAAAGAUUUAUUUCAAAUAUGGAAUUGGUAACCUUUCAUAAUAAGUUAUUUUAAGGAUUAAUAAGUUUACAUGGAUCGUAUCUAAAUUUCCUGUCUCGGUUUACAACAUCACUGUAAAAUUUACGAUUUGCUAUUCCGUUUGAAAUAAGUAUUUUACAGGUACAGCCAAACUUGCAAACUAAAUCUUUGUAUCUAUAUGGAAGAAUUUAGUAAAGGUUUUAAGUCAUUCUUAAUAAAGAAAUCUCUGACAUAAUUUACUAGUAAUACAUCGAAAUCAAAAACGUCACUACUGACAUGGGCAUAACGAACGAGUUGGGAUAUAUAAACACUGUUAGACGUUGCCAAAGGAACAUCAUCGUUCAAAAAAGGAAAAUGAUUUAUAGGGAAAGAAAAAUCACCCCUUUUGUCGUAACUUUUUGUGUAGAGUUUUUAUCAUUAUACAGAUAAUAGACUACUUUCAAGUUAUGUCUAUCACUGUGAUUGUACAGAUAACUGACAUCUUUUAUCACUAUGAUUGUAAAUGUAACUGACAGAAUUUAGCAUUUUGUUUUAUUGUACAUAUAAUAACUAACAGAUUUUAUCACUAUCAUUGUAUAUAUAAUUGACAUAUUUUAGCACUGACAUUAUUGAGACAAUCAAUAUUUUAAAAUCAUUCAGGCUUCUGUUUUCAAUUUAUAUAUCUUUAAAAUAUAUUGUGUAAUGUUUUUUUUACUUUAUAUGAUAUGUAUAAUGACUUAUGUGAUUGGUUUAAGUAUCAUUUGUUAUCAUUUGUGUAAGUUCAUUAGUUCAUUCUUUUUUGAGAAAUAAAUGAAUAGAAAAAAAAUAUUCUUAUUUUAUGUAGAUACGCAAUCAGUAAUACAUUGGUUGUUAUACUUCUGUUCAUACAACUAAACCACAGUCAGAAUAUUUCCUAAUAGUCUCGCAUUAAAAAAUCCUGAUUAUAUUUUCCUGACUAUCCAACAUGAUUUUUGUUUUACUUUUCUUACAUGUAAUUACUAAAAUUGAGAUAAAUUCAGAACAUGUGAAAACAAAAUCUACGACAAUAAUGAACCCGGAAGAAAAUGAGAAGCAACAGUGGUCUGUUAUUAAAACAAAUGUAGGAACCUUUGUUCUUAGUAAAUUUAACCAACAGCUCAAGAUGUUACUUUGUACAUGUGGGCUUGAUGUACUUAACAGGAUUAUGCAGCAUCUGCACAUAAUGCUGUCGAAAUUUACCCUGCUUGUAAAAACUAAUUGACCGUUAGUUUGGUAAAGACCUUUACAUUAAAAUCAUCUACUGGGUCUAAUCAUCCAGCAAUUUGUUAAUUGUACCUUUUUUUUUCUUUUUGACCAUCUUCAGUGAAGCAAAACAAAAAACACUGCCCUCAUUGUGAAUCGAAUGAUCAGUGAACCAUGUCAGACCUUUGAAACUAUCACCUCCUUCUUGAAUAUAUCAAGUGAACCAUAAAACAUAUUUUCAAACUAGUUCAUCCUUCUAGACAAUGUCAAGUGAAUCCUGCUGCACCUCUGUAAACUCUGUCAUCCUUCUAAACGAUGUCCAGUGAAACUUGUAGCACUUUGCAAACUCUGUCGCCCUUCUGAACAAUGUCCAGUAGUGAACCCUGUAGCACCUUGCAAACUCAAUGGCCGCCAGCGAGGGACUUAGUUAAACAUAGGACCCUAUGGGAAAUGCAUACUUGUAAUGUCUUCUUUUAGAAAAUCACAGAAUAGAAUGCCAUAUUACAUGUUCUAAACCAAGUUUUAUCUUUUUUAUAUAAUUUCAAAAGCCAAAGUAGAUUCAGGUGAGCUAUACAGCUAGGCUCUUGAGAGCCUCUAGUUUAUACUGCAACUAGUUGUGCCUUUUCCCUAAUUAUAGUAACACAGCUUUAUUUUGUACAAUUUCAAUUUUAUCAUGGAACACCUUUUCCACAAUCAGGGGUUCAUUAAGGACAAUUUGUGUAACAAUGUAAACAGCUAUCAAUGUAUUUAUUUUGCAAUUUAAACAGAUAUCAAUGUGAUAAUUCAUGUUGAAGUAUAAAAACAAUAUUAGGUCAAUGUCAUAAAAAUAUAAACUUUUUUGUAUUCGGCAUAUAAAUUGGGGAAGGGCUCGGUAAAACCUCGCCUUUCCCCAGUUUCUCAGCCUCAUACAAAAAAGUUUAUAUUUUUCUGACAUUGACCUAAUAUUGUAUAUGAAUACGUACAUAGUAAGAAUCUUGUACAUUAACUAUUAUAAAUUUACCAUUGUUGUUGCUAACUGAAUUGACAGGGGUUCAAUAUUUCACAUGUAUUUAGGUCGAAACUUGGUAACCUUUAAAUGUCGAGACAGAUAGUUGUCCUUGUUGAAGUUCUUUUUGUCUUUAUAUAUAUAUGGUAUUGUAAGGUUUCUGUUUAUAUGAAUGGUAUCCCUUAUAUCGUUAUAUUCAAUCAUUUACCCCUUUGUCAAAUGCAUACACCAUCUAUCAACUUAGGAUAUUAGACAAUAAAUGUUUUCAAAAAAAUGUUACAGUGAAGGACAUACAUUUAUGAAAUGACGGAAUUGUUUCUGCACCUGAUAGAUUUAAUGUUUUUUUAGUAAUACCAAUGUCUGUCUUAUUUUGUUAAUGUCA